AUGGUCCAGAUCAGCGAAGUCAAAGGAAACUCGCGGGAGAAUAGAACUGCUGCACAUACACAUAUCAAAGGGUUAGGCUUACGGCCUGAUGGCACUGCUGAAUCUACCGGCAAUGGCUUUGUUGGACAGGCUGCUGCAAGAGAGGCCUGCGGCGUCGUAGUCGAUAUGAUUAAAGCGAAGAAGAUGGCGGGGCGAGCAGUGUUACUCGCGGGUGGCCCAGGAACUGGUAAAACGGCUUUGGCGCUGGCUGUGUCUCAAGAAUUGGGGACCAAAGUACCCUUCUGUCCCAUCGUGGGUAGUGAGGUGUUUUCAGCGGAGGUCAAGAAGACAGAAGCGCUAAUGGAGAAUUUUCGAAGAGCAAUUGGACUACGAGUACGCGAAACCAAGGAGGUAUAUGAAGGAGAGGUGACGGAGCUUACUCCAGAAGAAGCAGAGAACCCAUUGGGGGGCUACGGACGAACGAUAAGCCAUCUGAUUAUCGGACUCAAAUCAUACAGAGGAACAAAGAAGCUACGUUUGGAUCCUAGCAUCUACGAAGCGAUCCAGAAAGAAAGAGUAACCGUUGGAGAUGUCAUAUAUAUUGAAGCCAACACAGGCGCUUGCAAACGCGUCGGGCGAUCCGAUGCAUACGCCACCGAGUUCGACCUGGAAGCUGAAGAAUACGUCCCCAUCCCCAAGGGCGAAGUCCACAAGAAGAAAGAGAUCGUACAAGACGUCACGCUUCAUGACUUGGAUAUCGCCAACGCGAGACCGCAAGGCGGCCAAGAUGUGAUGAGUAUGAUGGGCCAGCUCAUGAAGCCUAAGAAGACAGAAAUCACAGACAAACUGCGCCAGGAGAUCAACAAAGUUGUCAACCGAUACAUCGAUCAAGGAGUUGCUGAGCUUGUUCCUGGUGUUCUAUUCAUCGAUGAAGUCCACAUGCUCGACAUAGAAUGCUUCACCUAUCUCAACCGCGCCCUCGAAUCCUCCAUCUCCCCCAUCGUCAUCCUCGCCUCAAACCGCGGGAACACCGUCGUACGCGGUACAGGCGACGUAGUCGCUGCACAUGGCAUCCCACCUGAUCUCCUUGCCCGCCUCCUGAUAAUCCCCACACACCCAUAUAACCCCGAAGAGAUAAAAACCAUAGUGCGCCUGCGUGCCAAGACCGAGGGUCUGACCAUCAGCGAGCCCGCGCUGGAGAAAGUGGCUGAGCACGGGAGUAAAGUGAGUUUACGGUAUGCGCUGCAGUUGUUAGCGCCUGCAAGUAUUCUUGCGCGGGUGAAUGGGAGGGCAGGCGGAAUUGAGGAGGCCGAUAUUGCGGAGUGUGAGGAUUUGUUUAUUGAUGCGAAGAGGAGUGCGAGGAUUGUGUCGAAAGGGGAUGAGGUGUUUCUUUCGUGA